AAGUCCAGAAAAUUAAGAUCCAUUCUGUGAGUAUUUCAUGAAAUUAAUCCUAAUCAGUGCAGCUACAUAUUUCUGCACUGAAGGGAGAUGAAAUGGUGAAUAGUGGAGUGUUCAUGAUCUCUCUGUGUUUGUGCUCCUCCUCUUCCUCUAUUGCUCUUUCACACACAGAACCAGGAAGUAACUCCUCAUUUCAGAGAAAACAAACUGUUCUCUUUCUCUCUCUCUCUCGUUGUGAGUUCAGGAAAAUGGCCGAGGCCAGUAUUUCAGUAGCUCAGGACCAGUUCAUGUGUCCAGUGUGUCUGGAUCUCCUGAAGGAUCCGGUGGCUAUCCCCUGUGGUCACAGUUUCUGUAAGGUGUGUAUUAAUGGCUGCUGGGAUCAGGAGGAUCAGAAGGGCGUCUACAGCUGUCCUCAGUGCAGAGACACUUUCACGACAAGGCCUGUUCUACGCAGAAACAACAUGCUGGCUGAAGUGGUGGAGAAACUGAAGAAGACUGAAGUCCAAGCUGCUUCUCCUGCUCACUGUUACGCUGGACCUGGAGAUGUGGAGUGUGAUUUCUGCACCGGGAGAAAACACAAAGCCGUCAAGUCCUGUCUGAUGUGUUUGGCUUCUUAUUGUGAAACUCAUCUGAAACCUCACUAUGAAGUUUCUUCAUGGAAAAAACACACAUUAAUUGAAGCCUCAGCAAAACUCCAAGAGAAGAUCUGCUCUGAACACGAUGAAGUGCUGAAAAUCUACUGUCGUACUGAUCAAAUAUGUAUUUGCUCUUUGUGCAUGUUGGAUAAACAUAAAAACCAUGACGCUGUUUCAGUUGCAGCAGAAAGAGCUGAGAAACAGGCACAGACAGCAGUGGAGGACAGUGAGAGGAUCUUUACUGAGCUGAUCAGCUCCAUGGAGAAAAAGCGCUGGGAGGUGACGGAGCUGAUCAGAGAUCAGGAGAAGGCUGAACUGAGUCGAGCUGAACGACUCCUGGAGCAACUGGAGCAGGAGAUUGCUGAUCUUCAGAGUAGAGUCACUGAGCUGGAGCAGCUUUCACACACACACGAUCACAUCCAUUUCCUCCAGGUUUUAGCUUCUGGACGUCGCUCUCCUGAAAUGGAAAGACCAUCAUUUCACACAUCCAGCGUCACUGUCCAUCAACAUCUCUCAUUUGAUGGAGUGAGGAAUUCUCUCUCAGAUCUGAAAAAGAGACUCGAGGAAUUCUGUGAGGAGGAAUUCAACAAAAUCCCUCCACAUGGUAAGAGGAGCUGUUCCUGCUGGAGAAACACAGUGAUGUGUUAUUUCUUAGCGAUGCUCCUGCUUUCUUUUCUGCAGACACUUUAUUCACCUGACACUUUGAACUAAAACACUGAUUUAAAAUUAAUAAACUGACUGGAUCACUUUAAACUCUUUCCAUCUUUUACACAAACUCAUGUUUCUAUUUUUCUCUCCACAGCUGCAGCAGUUCAGAUCAUUUCAGAACCACAGAGCAGAGAAGAGUUUCUGAAAUGUACAUCUAACACACACACACACACACACACACACACACACACACUGUUCUGGGCCUGUCACGAUAACAAAUUUUGUUGGAUGAUAUAUUGUCUCAAAUUAUUGCGAUAAACGAUAUUAUCGUUGACGUCUUUUCAAGACAAUUUUAUGCCACUAGUAAAAUAAUAAUGAUCAUGCAAAUACACCCUUUCAUAGAACAGUAAACUUUUUAAUUAAGUCAACUUAUUCAGUUCAACAGUGGAAUGUAAAAAAUAAAUCUAAACAAAUAUGCUAAAGAAAUAAAACAACAAUCAAACAAAACCACUCACAACAAAAACAAUAAAUAAAAUACAAUUUAUGGCUCUUAAAAAUUGCACUGAAGUGAAUAUUAACUUGGCACAGGGUAAUAAAAAGACAUUCUUUUCUUCACAGGCAACAUUCUGCCAAUCCAGUUUCUCAAAGAUUAGUACCCAGAUCAACAAAAAGUGCAAAGUAACAACGUAUUGCCAGCUGUCAUUUGGAUAAAAGUCACAACAAUUAGAACGAGAUAACAUGUAGGCAAGGGCGUAGGUUUGGUAUUAACAUUGGUGGGGACAAAAACCCAAUGCCAACCCCCAGUGGUGCCAACUUCAGGUCAACAUUAGAGGGUCACAAUAUUUUGCUCCGUUGUGUUCCACCAAAAGAGUCUCCAUCAUCUCUCCAAAGGCCAGACUUUUAACAUUUGAAGUUCAGAACUGUAGUAAUUCAUGAAUAAUAAUAAUAUGAAAUCCAUUUGAUUAACUGCAAAUCUUGCAUGUGAUGAUGAACUCAUUCUACCAAUUUGCAAAUGUGUUUUCCAAGCGAAUACCGCACUGACUGUCGGGAGGGUGUAUGUUCCUUUCCCUCAUAAAUGGAAAUAAAACCCAUCUGGAGCCUUAAAUACUGCGUUCCAUGAGGCUGGCAGGGGGAGUCGGCUCUCUUCUGUGGGAUCUUUAACUAGUUUUCGAAUGCUAGUUUAAGCUGAUAUGUGAUUGAUCUAACGGUAAAACAGCACGAGGGCUCGAGAACUUUGACAGGUUACAAUUUUACUUCAGUGUUGCCAGAUACUGCUGACGUUUUCCAGCCCAAAAUAUCUUCAAAACCCGCCAACAUGCACUUAAAACUGCCCAAAAUGUAAAAUGUACUUGAUGCCUAUCUUGUAAAGUAAAAAUAUACAGCUAAAGUCCAGUAUACUAUUUGUAAAUCGCACAAAUAGCAACAUGAGCCCGUCAGUGCUGGAGGUGAAAAAUCUGCUGUCUGGUACUUGGCUCCGUGUGGUUGAAUCAGAUUAUAAAUCUGCAAUCCUCUGCUGUGUUCUGAAUCCUACAUGCACCAGUAGGUGGCACACAUGCAUAAUAUUAUGUAGGCUAUGUUAGGCUACGAUGCAUACAGUGGGGCAAAAAA